AUGACCAAUCCUAACUCUGCGAUUAUCUACCAUAAUCAUGAAAACACCACCUUUAUAAUUGACACUCCAUCCUCAAUCACCCUAGCACAGCAAUUGUCAUCCUCAUCUACAAGCAACCAACAAACAGUAAAAAACAAGAGACCCAGAAUUCUGGUUUCAAGUCUACCACGCGAGCAGCCGUACCCAAAUACAGAGCCCAAGACAGAAUCUGCACGCUCCAAGGUCCUAGCUCGAAGCUCAUUGGCCGAGCAGCGCUUUCACCAUGAAUUUAUCCAGCCAAUAGUCCAAACGUCCUUGGAAGCCAUUCGAGCUGGAUAUCAAGUUGAUGGCAGUCGCCCUUGGUGUCUUGAUCGACAUGUACCUGCCGAUGACAAAAGGCUACCAAAAGAUAAGUCCAGAAAGCGAAAGGCGACGGACUAUGACCAGGAUGAUGAAAGUAUUCCAAGCAUAUCCACCAAACGGCCCUUAAUCUUAUCAUCUACAUCCAACACUUUCGAUUCCAUAUCGGAUCUUAGUGGUAUGGUAAAAAACACCGCGUCGGAGUGUGCAUCGGUCAAACUUUCAAAAGAGAGUACGGCCGAGUAUCUGAUACCGCCACUGUCAACAUUUGUACUCUGUACACUACCAUUAUCCGAGCCAGAACACCUUGAAGAGCCUAUCCCCGGAUUACCUGCCCAGCAAAAAUUCAAUCUACUUCUCUUCGAUCCGCCCUGGCCGAAUCGCUCUGUCCGGCGCAGUCGCGACUAUCAAACACACAUGUAUUACGACAUGAACAGUCUCACGCAGCGACUACAAGAUAUCCUCCAAGUUCACGCAUAUGAUCCAAAUACCAUUGAACAAUCAUUAACCCCUACCACAAUGCACAGCACAUCAAGUCAAAAUUCCAUAGCAGCGAUCUGGAUAACGAAUUCCGAAAAAGCACGAAAAGCAGCUUACGCAGCUCUUUUAAACUCUGGGUUCCGCAUCUCUGAGGAAUGGAUUUGGAUCAAGGUCACGACUAGUGGCGAACCCAUUUCUCCGCUGAAUGGACUCUGGAAGAAACCCUAUGAGAUUCUCGUCAUAGGCCAGAGGGGAACAGAAAAAGAAAAAUACCAAGCUGUCAGCGAGGGUGAUUCAUUGGAAACAGACCUGUUAGGUGUUGAUCCGGGCAGUAUUACCCGUCGAGUUAUAGCUGGUGUACCGGAUCUUCAUUCUCGCAAGCCAAACUUGAGAUGGCUUUUUGAACAGCUCUUCUUCGCAGAGACCGAGUCUAAGAUUGAGUGCAGUCCUGUCAAUCUUGCUUCUUCUUACUCGGCUUUGGAAGUGUUUGCUCGCAAUUUGACAGCCGGCUGGUAUGCGUGCGGCAAUGAAGUUCUGAAAUUCAAUGCCCGUGAAUGCUGGGUUGAAGAAGAAGAAUAA